CAAUAAAGCUGAAAUUUUUUGUUUUUCAUUGUAUUAUUGUUGUAAUUGAUUUAACUCGAGUUAAUAUUGUUAUUAUUCUCACUCUCUUUCUUUAAGUGAAAUUUAUAUUAAUUGAAAUUGAAUUGUGCUACAUCUUUACUCUGUGCUUGGUGGUUUAAAAACAAAAAGAUAAUUAGAAAAAAAGUAAAUAUAAAAAUGGAAGGAGAUAAUGUUCAAGUUGAUGAUAACUGUUCUCAAAUUGAGAAAGCUUUUGAACGGAUGAAAGUUGGAACCAGAAGAGUUAAAAAAAGUUAUCAACCUAACCAGCAUCAACAAGAAGAACAAAACCUCAGAUUUUCCUUGGAUUCCCCUGUUUCUCCCCCUUCAUCAGCAGCCUCCUCUUUGUCUUCGUCCUCCUCAACUUCUCCUUCAUCUUGCUAUUCCAUGGGCAAAUACAGAGAUUUAACAAUUCGUGAAGGCCAAUCAACUGAUAGUUACCACCAUCAACAUAAUCGUCAUCACCAUCACCAAAUUGAUAGCAAUCAUCACCUUAACCAAUCUAGUGAUCAAAACACCAAAUAUGAAGAUGGAUUGCCAGUUGAGCCUGAUGUUUCCGUCGAAGAAUUGGCCGCAUACUUGGAUGUUCAACUGUAUAUUCCUCGAAAAAUGUCUUACAUGGCCGAGUUAAUGUACACAUAAUAACAAUGAAUGUAUUUGCAAGCUGGUACGACGAGGAGGAAUGUACAAAAGAGAUUAAUAAUAGAUGGAAGAGAAAAAUUGUCAAAAAAAAUCAAAAUAUGUUAAGUGUGAUAAAUGUGAAUUGAACUGAUGAAGAUAAUGAGAGGAGUGACUGUGGUUCAGUUAGCAAAACACUUAACGAUAGCAAUGAGUGAAAGUUGAAAUGAAAGCAACACAUACUUAUACUGGGUGUCGUAAUGAACCAUUUACACUUUUGAGUUCGUUAAGAUAAAAAUCUCAAACUCGCACCAUUCAACAGAAAAUUUCCAAGUUUAGUUUGAUCAACCUUUGAAAAUCUCUAAACUCAGGCCAAUUUUCGGUAAGGUGACAAAGUCGAAAAGUGGGACAAAAAAGCUCAAUUGUAAGCUAAAGAUGGGUUGAUGAAAAAUUGCAUAAAACAUCGAAAUUCAAAGGUUGAACAAAAUUUGGAAAUUAUCUCUAUUGAAUGUUGCUAGUUUGAAAUUUUCAUCUUAACGAACUUGAAGAGUGGAAAUGGUUCAUUUUGACACCAACUAUAAUAUUAUUAUUAACAAUAACUAAAUAUAUAUAUAUUUUUUGUUUUUGGC